AUGGGAAACGUCGAUUCACGUUGCAAACACGAACACGGUUACUUGAUGGUCUAAACUGCCAAAUAAAUCUACUAUCCAGGUGAAGUUGUCACAGGAACUGUUUAUCUUAGAACUCAUGUGGCCCUUGAAGUUUCUUACAUUGAGCUUGAAGUUCAAGGUAAAGAGAAGGUUUCAUUUGUGACGAGAGAGCACAGAGAUAAUGAAUGGCAUCAUGACAAGCAUAAAUCUAAAAAGAUCCUCUGGCAAUUCAAACAGCCUUGUUUCACAUUUUCUGUACCCACUCUUGCUCCAGGAGAUUAUGCUGUUCCUUUCAGUUUCGCCUUGCCUCCACAUAUUCCAUCAAGUUUGUACUACAAAAAUAAGCAUAUCGAUGCUAAGCCAAAAGCCUGUGUCAAAUAUCAAAUGAGAGCAUCUCUUAUUGACCACCAUCAUCACUCUCAAAUGAAAUACAAGACCAUUAUGGUUAUCAGAGAGCAUGAUGUUCAAUUUGAAGUAGGAAGGAAAACAACAUCUGAACUUCCAAUUUCUACCUGGUGCUGCAUUAAUCAAGGUUAAUCAAGAAUUGAGGUUGAUUUUGAGAAGAAUGUCUUUGAGCCACAUGAAGUGUGUAGAGCUAAUGUUAACCUAGAUAACUCAAGAUGCAAUGUCAGACUAACUAAUGUCAGACUUGCAGUCGAAUAGGUAGUAAGAAUUACUGCUGGAUGGCACACUUUCAACCAAACAUUUACCUUAUCUGAUAAGCAUGAAGCAGGAGUUCCAGCAAAUCAUUCAACCCCUGAGCUUAGACAUCUCGAACUUCCACUCAGUUCAAUCACAUACUAAGUUGAAGGUCAAAGAAAGAAAGGUGGCCAUAUGAAGUCAAUCUGUGCUGAGGAUCUCUACAUGAUGAAACAGAUGCAGCCAGCUUGCCAUGGUCAUCAUAUAACAAAUGAAUACUUCUUAGCUGUAAGAUGUGGUUUUGAGGGCUGUACUUGCUGCGCUACUCUUCCUCACGCUAGAAUUCCAAUUUCCAUUGUUCCAGUUGUUAACCCACAAUUCGCUUCAUUCUCACAACCAACGGACUUCGCUCCAUAAUACUACCAGCAAUAUGAUUUCUAGGUAAAAAUGCAAUGA